GGGUUUCUUUCCUAACCAUUGUUGUGAUAUCAAGAACUAUGCAACUCUGCUGGCUACUUUGCCACUCCGUUUCUACCCAUACAAAAUACAAGCUUUUCCAGUACCUCAAGGAGAACCGGAAAGACAGUCGUUGUUGCAGCAAGUUUUUUGUGUGUAGUCCCAAUCGAUAUAUCACCUGCUUGGAAAAAGAACCUCUGGCGUCCACAGGUCACUUGGAAAGACCACUGCCAACUCUUGUUCCCAGGUUGAUCAAAAGUAUGGAACAAGUUAGACCAGAACAGUGGAAUCAGCUGAUAUCCGAGGAUUCAUGUCCGUUCACUGAAUAUGAAUGGCUCUUUGGCUUAGAAAAGUGUGGUUGUGUUUCUGAACAGGUAGGGUGGCAACCUUUACAUCUAUUGCUUGAAGACCCAAACUCGAAAACUAUUUAUGCAGUCCUUCCACUUUAUGUAAAAACACAUUCCUUUGGAGAAUUCAUAUUCGACUAUGUAUGGCAAGACGUUGCUUCCUCAUUGUCGCUGAAAUAUUAUCCUAAAUUGAUAAGCAUGGUGCCUUUUACUCCAGUUACUUCAAGACGAAUCCUGACAAUAUCUGAAAUGCAGAGACCUUAUCUCUUGUCUCAAAUGGCUGAAUGUUUGAAAGACUUGGUCAGUGAAUUAUCGAUAGCAUCAAUCAACUUAAAUUUCGUGGCAGAUGACGAAGUGUCCAUAUUCACACGGCAUGGCUUUUUGCAUAGGAAAAGUAUACAAUAUCACUUUCGAAAUGAUUGCAAUGGUCGUCCUUUUCAUAAUUUUGAUGAGUUUCUGCAAAUGAUGAAAAGCAAAAAAAGAAUUCAGGUCAAACGUGAAAGAAGAAGAAUAUAUGAUGAGGAGAACAUUCGUCUACAAGUUUUGUUGGCUCAUCAAAUUCCCUCUGAAUUGUUUAGUCAAAUGUAUCAGUUGUAUAAAAGCACAAUAGACCGAUUCUUUUAUGGGAGACUCUAUCUAAGUCCAUCAUUUUUUCAAUACCUUGCAGAAAAUUAUAGAAAAUACCUAUGUUUCAUUGUAGCAUACCGUGAUGACAAACUCAUAGCUGGAACCUUCAACAUGAUCAAAAACGGUCGAUUUCAUGGAAGAUAUUGGGGGUGCUUGGAGCAAGUUUCAGGAUUGCAUUUCGAAACCUGUUAUUAUAAACCCAUCGAAUACUGUAUAGAAAAAGGCUUGCAGUCAGUUGAACCAGGAGCUGGAGGAGGAGACUUCAAGUUUGUGCGUGGUUUCAAUCCAGAAAUAGUACACUCUCUACAUUAUUUCACCAAUACUAGGUUCGCAAAGAUUAUGGAGGCAUUCAUAAAGGAAGAAAGCCUGAAUAUAGAUUAUGUUUGUAGUCGGUUGAAUGAACAAAGUACUCUUCGAAAGUCUGAUGUUUAGAAAAAUGCCAAAUCGAAAUGGCGCCAUGUCAUCUUAGCAUUU